AUGGGGUUCGUGCCCGACCAUUUUGCCCAAGCACACAAACAUAAAAAGAAAAUCGAGACAGCAGUUGCGAAUGGAAUCACAUACAAAAAUUCCUCCCAUUUUAGCGAGCCUCUUGGGCAACAGGCAACUCUAGACCUCAUGACAAAGUCCAGCAUGUUCCCCAAGUCGCCCAAGAGGGUCUCGCUUUAG